AUGUUGUAUAAAAGCGUUUAUUGUACGCCUCGGAGUAUGUCACUUCUAAAAUCUCACAAAAGCGUUCUAAUUUCUGAGCCCGGCAUGUUGUCCUUAUCCGGCGAAGGUGGAUGGCUAAGUUGGUCGUUUGGCAAUGCGAACUUGAUUGUGUUUGUCCUUCUUCUCUCUUUGCUCUCUGUUCAGUCUCUUCUUGAUUGCUGUUGUUGCUGUAGAAGGAAGCGCAAGCGACGUAUAAUUCAACAACAAAUAAUUGAAGUCGAGGAGCCAGAGAUUCCAGCUGAAGAACAAGAAGAUCCCAAAGCCAAUGCGAAGUCAAAACCCAAACCCAAAACUGUCAAAAAGCCAGUACAAAAGAAUAGCAAGGAUAACAAGCUAAAGUCUAGCAAGGAGAAGGGGAAGGAGUCAAAGACAAAGUCAAAAAAGAAAAAGGAGGAAACAAAGCCUGUACUGAAGAAUGAAAGUCAUGACCAGAAAGGGAUGGGCGCGGGUGACGACUACCAAACGCUUGGCAAUUUGGACAAAAACAUCUUUAUUAAAGGAGGGAGUAAAGAUGGUGGCAGUCCAACACCUCCAGCAGGCGGUCAACAGCCUGUGUUGAAGGAGGAAAAGCACGAUGCUGGAAUUGGAGGUGGAGCCGACUAUCAAACGCUUGACAAUUUGGACAGAAACAUCUUCGUAAAAAAUUCGAAAAACGAAACGCCGGCAUCGCCUCUAGCGGCUCCGAAACCGAAGGACGAGCGAGACAAUCAACAGGGUGUGGGUGAUGGUGAUGACUAUCAAACGCUUGGCAAUUUGGACAAAAAUAUAUUCGUCAAGAGAAGCGAUGUUCCAGGAGAAGAGAAUGAACUCUAAAGAAGAAAAGAAUAUAUAAAAGGAUUACUAAAAUAAAUAUAUAUUUGCCCUUAUAAUUGUGUGAAACUCGAUAUAUUUUGUUUGAAUAUGUUCAUGACAAAUGUAUCUAUUGUUCCCAUUUCUCUCUAUGCGUUCCUCCUGUUUAU